CAAUAAAUUAUAUGUUUGCCUAGCAACCAGUUGUCACCUCCGUCUAUGGCAGAAAGUUUUAAUUUUAACAACGUCAAUACUUUCUCUGGUCCGCGGGCUGCCAAAGCUGCGCAAAAGUGCCAUCGAACAAAGCGCAAACUCCAAGAAAAAACGUUCUUGUGCGCCGAUGUCACGACCAUUAUCAUUCGGCCACUGGCCAAAAGGGGAUGUACGUUGAUAGUGUUAACAGUUAUUUAACGUAGAAUUGGUAAAAUUUAAUAAAUUGUUUUUCUUAUAGUUCGAGGGCUCCGUGUUUGAUAAGUUCGCAGACAUGGGUUCGCUGUUUAGAAGUGCGGAAAUGACUCUGUGCCAGCUCUUUUUGCAGAGCGAGGCUGCUUAUGCUUGUGUAUCAGAACUGGGAGAACUUGGACUGGUGCAGUUUAGAGAUCUGAACCCCGACGUAAACGCUUUCCAAAGAAAAUUCGUAAACGAAGUACGGAGAUGCGACGAGAUGGAAAGAAAACUACGAUAUCUCGAAAAAGAAAUAAAAAAAGAUGGGAUUCCAAUGCUGGACACUGGAGAGAAUCCCGAAGCACCGCAGCCUAGAGAAAUGAUUGAUUUGGAGGCAACCUUUGAAAAACUCGAAAACGAACUGCGCGAAGUGAACCAAAAUGCGGAAGCUCUCAAAAGAAAUUUUCUUGAAUUGACUGAACUGAAACAAAUUUUACGCAAAACGCAGGUCUUUUUUGACGAGGAUUAUCAGGAUCAUCAUUUCACAAAUUCGAAUUCUACCGCCGAUAUACAGGUUGAGAAUCAAACUAGGAGUAAUAAUCGCGAACAACAUUUCAUUUUUUUCUUCGUUGCUGGCGUGAUACUGAGAGAACGCAUUCCCGCCUUCGAAAGGAUGUUAUGGAGAGCGUGCAGAGGAAACGUUUUUCUGAGGCAAGCAGAGAUCGAAACUCCCUUAGAAGAUCCAUCCAGUGGAGACCAAGUCUACAAAUCCGUCUUCAUAAUAUUCUUUCAAGGAGACCAGCUGAAAACUAGGGUCAAGAAGAUUUGUGAAGGAUUCAGGGCCACUCUCUAUCCCUGCCCGGAAGCUCCGGCGGAUCGCAGAGAAAUGGCAAUGGGUGUCAUGACAAGAAUCGAAGAUCUCAAUACAGUUUUGGGACAAACUCAAGAUCACCGUCACCGAGUACUUGUGGCCGCUGCCAAAAAUAUAAAGAAUUGGUUCGUAAAAGUGCGGAAGAUCAAAGCCAUAUAUCACACGUUAAAUUUGUUCAAUUUGGAUGUAACUCAAAAAUGUUUGAUUGCCGAGUGUUGGGUGCCCGUACUCGAUUUGGAAAACAUUCAGCUUGCUUUACGAAGAGGAACAGAACGCAGCGGCAGUUCCGUGCCGCCGAUUCUCAAUCGGAUGGACACGUUGGAAGAUCCGCCGACUUACAAUCACACCAACAAGUUCACCUGCGGCUUCCAAACGCUGAUCGACUCUUACGGUAUCGCCGCUUACAGGGAAAUGAAUCCGGCGCCUUAUACCAUCAUUACUUUCCCGUUCUUGUUCGCCGUAAUGUUCGGCGAUUUGGGCCACGGAUUCUUGAUGGCAUUGUUCGGUGCUUGGAUGGUGCUCAAAGAGAAGCCUUUGGCCGCCAAGAAAUCCGACAACGAGAUCUGGAACAUCUUUUUCGGCGGGCGAUACAUAAUCCUUCUCAUGGGCUUAUUCUCAAUGUACACCGGUAUAAUUUACAACGACGUAUUCGCUAAAUCGCUCAAUAUCUUCGGCUCUAGUUGGUACAUCCGCAACACAUCCAUCCAUCUACAAAACGGAGACUACACUUUGGACCCGAAAGUAACGAGAAACUACGAGGGUUACCCGUAUCCCAUCGGAAUGGAUCCCGUGUGGCAACUCGCGUCUAACAAGAUUAUAUUCCAGAAUUCGUUUAAGAUGAAGAUCUCUAUCAUUUUGGGUAUUAUUCAUAUGUUGUUCGGAGUUACUAUGAGUCUCUUCAAUCACAUGUACUUCAAAAACAAAUUAAGCAUUAUCGGCGAAUUCAUUCCUCAAGUUAUAUUCCUGGUGUUCUUGUUCUUUUACAUGGUUCUACUCAUGUUCAUCAAAUGGUUCGUUUACUUCGCCAACAUCGAAGAUAAGGACUUCCAAGUUGGUACUAGAUGCGCCCCAUCGAUUCUGAUCACGUUUAUUAAUAUGGUAUUGAACAAAAAUACGCCUUUCGAUAAGAAAUGCGGUAGUGCUAAUAUGUUUGAUGGUCAAUUGGGUCUACAGAAAUUCUUGUUUGUCUGUGCUGUCAUUUGUAUACCAUGGAUGUUGAUUACUAAACCUAUUGUCAUUCAAAGGAACCGCAAGAAGACCGCCCAAUUUGCAGUGAACCACCAACAGAUGCAGUCGGCAACAGAAAACGGCGAUGCUGAACAACCAAUGCAUAAUAAUACAGCACAGCCACCAGCAAUGGGUGGCGGUGGCCAUGGUAUGGAAGAAGAACCUAUGGGAGAAAUUUGGAUACACCAAGGUAUUCAUACUAUUGAAUAUGUGCUCGGAUCCGUUUCACAUACAGCUUCAUAUCUUCGGUUGUGGGCUUUGUCUCUAGCCCAUUCACAAUUAUCUGAAGUACUGUGGAACAUGGUACUGAGCAAAGGUUUAAAAGUUGAAGGAUGGGCUGGAGGUGUUGUCCUAUAUGCAACGUUCGCUUUCUGGGCAGCAUUGACUGUGUCCAUUCUUGUGCUGAUGGAAGGUUUGUCAGCUUUCCUACACACCCUUCGUCUGCAUUGGGUUGAGUUCCAAAGCAAGUUCUACAUCGGUACCGGUUAUGGUUUCGAACCGUUUUCAUUUGAAAUUAUACUCGAUUCUGCUUCGCAGAGCAAGGAAGAAGUUUAAUUGUAUACUUAGCUAUCUCGAAGUCAUUUGUAUUCUUUCUCCAACUAUUCAGUAGUGAGAUUCUUUAAUAAUAAAGUAACAACAAAAUAUUUCGUUUGUUCACUGUUUUUAGAUGAAAGUACUUCCAUUUUAAUGUCUAUUAUUUAUUGUUGUUAAAUUUAUAAAUUUCCUGUAGAAUUGCAAAUCUCACUAUUGUUUGUUGUGUACUUAAAACGCUACAAAUUAACAUUGUAUAUCCGAACAAUAUUUAUGCAUGAGAGCAAUAGCUUGAUGUAUUAAGUACCAUUGACAGUAAUUCGAUUUUUUUUUGUAUGUAAGUUAUUGUAAAACCACCUUUGAGGUGUUUAGUGUUAACGCUUCAAUAAAAAAAUUCUGUAACUC